GCACAGGGCAAAGAGAGCAAACGGACUCGACGAUAAAUUGGCGGAUUUCAAAAUAAGAACGAGUUAAAUUUAAGGAAGAUGUUGAUGUCCGUGUUUCUCUCUGCUACAAUUCCCAACAAGACACCUCGAAUAUAGGUGGGUUACAGGAUAGUCUUAAAAGAGAGAGAGAGAGAAAGAGUGGGCGAGCGAGUAAGUUUUUUUAGAGAGAGAAAACAGGAAAAAACAUAAAAAUGGGAAGAUCCACUUCCUGUUUCAAAAUAAUCACCUGCGGCAGUGAUUCUGCUGGGAGAGAUGAUCUUCAACUCCCUGAGAGCAAGGGUUCAAGUGACAAGCGUGGAUGGAGUUUCCGGAAGAAAUCUGCCCGUCAUCGAGUUCUCAGCAACACUAUCAUUUCAGAAACCACCCCUUCCUCGGUGGAUAAAGAGAGUCCAGAAUCCACAAAUCUAAGCUUCCAACAACCAGGUAUUCCUCCUGCUCCAGAGAAAAUUGCUGUGAUACAAUGCACUGAUGAGAAACCACAGCUGUCAGAGAAACCACAGUUAUCUACUUCGACAGAACAGGAAUUACCAGAGACCAUUGUUGUAACCAAGGAUGAAAAUGAAGUUGAUGACCAUGUGGAUGAGUCUGUUGUUAUUGUCAUACAGGCUGCUGUCAGGGGUUUUUUGGCUCAAAAAGAACUCCUCAAGCUUAAAUAUAUUGUUAAGUUGCAAGCGGCUGUACGCGGUCACCUUGUCAGGCAGCAUGCCAUUGGAACCCUACGUUGUGUUCAGGCCAUUGUUAAAAUGCAAGCUCUUGUCCGUGCUCGUCGUGCUCGUUUGUGGGAUGAGCAGGUUGUUGGGAAGCAUGGCAAUCCUAUAUCCAAGACCUUGCAGAAGGAAAGCUUGGUAAUCAAACCAACCACAACAUACAUUUCCAUUGAGAAGCUGCUUAGAAAUAGUUUCGCUCAUCAGCUGAUGGAGUCAACACCAAAGAGGAAGCCUAUCCGCAUUAAGUGUGAUUCUUCUAAACCUAACUCUGGUUGGGAAUGGUUGGAGAGGUGGAUGUCUGUUUCAUCAGCAGAACCAACACCCAGACCAGAUUUAAUAACUGAACAACUAGAAAUAGAGAAGAGUGAGAAUGUUACCUCUCCAAUGCAAACUAGAGCCCCACCUGAAGGAUUCUGCGAGUUGGGAGAUUCAAAAUCUAAUAUCGAGGAAAUUGUUUUGCCAUCUGAAAGUGAAGAGAAUAUGAUAAAAUCUGAUGCGUCUGACUUCAAGUUUCAGGUGUGCCAUCCAAACUCCCCUUUAGCAGGAGAUAUUUUGGAGCAGCCUCAACCUGAGAUGAUCGGUAAAUCUGACACAGAAGAAACCUCAAUAACUAUAAAUUCGCUUCCGAUUCAAACUGUUGAAUCUGAAGUGAAUUAUAAAACAGUGACUGAUUCUCUUCCUUGUAAGCAAGAAUUGGAAGGUGAACAACCUGAUCAACCCAAACGAUCUAUGAAAAGGGAAGCAGCUGAACAAUUGGAUACUGAAGAAAAGGAGUUUGUGUAUGGAUCACUGAAGGCAAGCAAUCCUGCUUUCAUUGCUUCCCAGACAAAAUUCGAGGGGCUGGGUUCAACAGCCAGUUUGAAUAGAUCAUCUAGUUCUUCGCAUGAAGAUAGUGGAAUUGAAUCAAACACAGACAUAUCUGGGAUAGAUACUGAAUCAAGGACAAAGGAGAUUGACAUGACAGAAAACUCAGUCUCCCACAUUUCAAGGGUGCAAUAUGGUGGCUCUGAAUGUGGUACUGAACUUUCUGUUACUUCAACUCUUGAUUCACCUGAUGCAUUUGAAGUUGGAGCUGCAGAGCUCGAGCAUGAAGCCAAAGUUCCAGAGGAAGAAACUUGUAAUCCUAACAGAGCAAAAGACCAGGAGAUCAAAGACAAGGAUUCAUCCAAGGAUCCAGUUUCUAAUUUGUCUCACAUGAAUCAGCCUGAGAAACUUGAGGUCGUCAAAGGUGAAUCAGCAAAUACAAUUGUUGUUGCUGAUUCCACACAGGAGGAGAUGAAUCCAGAGAGAAGUGUAUCCGAUGUCCAGAGAGAGCUGAACUCUGAGACUGGUGGUCUAGCAUAUAGAUCAUCCCCAGAAGUUUCUCCCAGAAGUCUUUUAACUGUGCCAGACUCCCAAGGAACACCUUCAAGUCAGUUAUCUGUGAAAGCUAAAAAGAGCAGAGCUGACAGAAGCAGUUCUAGCCAAAAACAUAAGUCUUCAUCAGCAAGUAAGAGAUCUCCAUCGAACCCAAAUCAUGAUUCUGCUGCGAGAAGUAGUGUGGAACAAUUGUCCAAAGAUCAGAAGAAUGGGAAGAGGCACAACUCAUUUGGUUCUCCAAAACCCGACAGCACUGAUCAAGAGCCAAGAGAUAGCAGCAGCAGCAGUCCUUCUCUCCCUCGUUUCAUGAAAGCCACAGAAUCAGCAAGAGCCAAAGUGAAUGCAAUUAGCUCACCAAGAUCCAGCCCAGAUGUGCAGGACAGAGAUUUCAUCAAGAAGAGGCAGUCCUUACCUGGUGCAAAUGGAAGGCAUGGUUCUCCACGCAUCCAGCGGUCAACGUCUCAAGCACAGCACGGUGCAAAGGGAAAUGGUAGCCACGUUGUUCAUGAGAAAAAGUGGCAGAGGUGAAAAAAUGCAAAUAAUAAUGUGCACAACACAGUAUUUUACCUGCCAUGGGAAACCUAGAGUUGAUUGUUGGUCCACAAGACGGCUUGAUAUCAUGUUUUAUACUUCAAUUUUUCUGCACUUGGAUGUCGCCUUAGUUUUAUGCACACUUGGAGUUUGGUAGGAGAGGGGGUAUAUAUAUAGAACUGAGUAAGGAUUUCUUGUAUAUUACUGGAACCCAAAAAAAUUUAUAUAUUAUUUUCUCAAACUCUCCACUGUGGAGGUAUGGUCGUGUGUUUUGUUCAACAUUAUUUUGUGUGAUAUUGUUGAGGCUUGUUAAACAUGUUGUGGAUAUGUAUCUGGAGUUUGAGACAUUAACAGUGAAGUCUGGGCUUUCCAGAGGCCCCCACUGGUUUUUUCAAUAAAUUCUUUAUUUCUUUCA